CGCGGCCAUGCCCUCCCCCACCGACUCCAGCCGCUCGCUGACCGGCCGCAGCUCCCGCAGCCUCACCCACCUCCGCCUUCAGCGCACCUGGCUGCAGGUCCUGCUGGUCCUGGGUCUCGUGCAAGCCAUCCUGGGUGUCCUCAUCGUCACCUUCAGCUUGGUGGCGGCUACCAUCACUCCCUCCACCAAAAUCCGUCACUCCUGCCCGUCCUGGGCCGGCUUCUCGCUGGCACUGUCCGGGCUCGUUGGCAUCAUCUCCUGGAAGCGGCCGCUCACCCUGGUGAUCGCCUUCUUCACGCUGCUGUCGGUGCUCGGCGUCAUGCUGAGCCUCGCCGGCUCCAUCCUGUCCUGCCAGAACGCGCAGCUGGUGAAGUCCCUGGAGGCCUGCGAGACGGAGAGGGACACGUGCGUCUGCUGCCAGGCCCGCUCGGAGCCCCCACCCGCCUCCUGCAGCCAGCAGAGCGAGAUGCUGACCAUGUUCCCCAACCCCAACUGCCGGAGCAUCCGUGUGGCACUCAAGGAUCUCCUCUUCAGUGUCUGCGGCCUGACCAUCUUCUCCACCAUCAUCUGCACGCUCUCUGCUGUCGUGUGCUGCAUCCAGAUCUUCUCCCUUGACAUCGUCCACGUGCUGGUCCCACAGCGCUCGAGCUCUGUGACGUUGGAGUGCACGUCUCCCCCUGACACCUUUCUGCAGACCAUGAUGGACUUCGAUGAGUUUGUGCCCCCGGUGCCACCGCCCCCCUACUACCCCCCUGAGUACACCUGCAGCUCUGAGACAGAUGCACAGAGCAUCACAUACAACGGCUCCAUGGACAGCCCCGUGCCCCUCUACCCAACCGACUUCCCCCCAUCAUACGAGACUGUGAUGGGGCUGCGGGGAGACAGCCAGGCCACCCUGUUCGACUCGCAGCUCACAGAGGGCUCCCACGCCUGCACCUGUGACCGUGUCCCCUCCAUUGUGCUCAGCGGAGAAGUCUCCAUGGACAGCGGGUCCCUGAUCAUGUCCGAGAUCAUGGACAUCCCUGGGGACAGCAGCCCCUCGGAGGACUCGUGCCUGCUGGAGCUGCAGGGCUCCAUGCGCUCCGUCGACUACGUCCUGUUCCGCUCCAUCCAGCGCAGCCGCGCCGAUUACUGCCUGAGCGUGGACUGCGUGCAGUGCAGCCACCACGCGCGCAGCCCCACGCUGGGCCUGCAGGGCCCCUUCGAGGAGCGGCCCCAGCCCCGCGUGCGGGGCGAGCGCUCCUACUCCUGCUCCACCGCGGAGCCCGGCCACGACGGCAUCUUGGUGGGGGCAGCCGUCACCCACAGCUGCAACCGGCUGGCGGGGCUGGCGCGCUGUGCCGGGCCCUGCUUCCCUGAGGUGCGGCUCAAGGACAAGGGCUCCUCACUGCAGGGGCGCGGCGGGGGCCGCCCCGCGGACACCCGCCCCGGCCAGCCCCGGCGCAACAGCGAGACCUCCUGCCCCUCGUCGCCGGCCCCGGGGCUGGCCCCGCGCCCGCUGCUGAGGUCGCACAGUGACCCCGGUGUCCCCAUGGUCGGCCGUGCUGCAGAUUUCAGGGAAGUACUUUAUACCAAAGCACUGGAGGACAGCGUGUCCGACUCCUCCACUGAUACAGGGCUGUGCUCCGAGGCCUGCCUGCUCCGCCGUUCCCACUGUGACUCCCCGCCGCUGCUCCGGGCCAGCUCGGUGGGCAAGAACAAGCUGCCACCCUGCAAGAAGGUGCCUCAGCAGCUGUCAAAGACAACCACCCGCUCCCUGGGGGACCUCAAGGGCUACCGGGGCACCCGCGGGCUGGUGGCCAGGUUCCUGCAGAGACCCAAGCGCAGCCUGGCAGCUGGCACGGAGGUGUCUGGGCACAGCUUCCACGGGCACAAACAGGUUCCCUGGAGCGCCUGGCCAGGUGAAGAGCAGCCCCACGAAGGAAUCCACCUGCAGAGCUGUGGGGACCUGAGCUCCACGUCGUCGCUGCGCCGGCUCCUGUCCACACGGCGGCUGGAGCGCGGCCGCCCGCGGAGCCUCAGCGGGGCCUGCAAGGAGAGCGCGCUCUGAGGGCACCGCCUCCAUCGGGACCCUCCGGAGCCCCUCUCUGGGCUCAGCCUCCACCGGGACCCUCCGGAGCCCCGCUCUGGGCUCAGCCUCUGCAGGGACCCUCCGGAGCCCCGCUCUGGGCUCAGCCUCCGCAGGGACCCUCCAGAGCCCCGCUCUGGGUUCAGCCUCUGCAGGGACCCUCCGGAGCCCCGCUCUGGGUUCAGCCUCCACCGAGACCCUCCGGAGCCCCACUCUGGGCUCAGCCUCCGCAGGGACCCUCCAGAGCCCCUCUCUGGGCUCAGCCUCCACCAGGACCCUCUGGAGCCCCGCUCUGGGCUCAGCCUCCGCAGGGACCCUCCGGAGCCCCGCUCUGGGCUCAGCUUCCGCAGGGACCCUCCGGAGCCCCGCUCUGGCUCAGCCCUGGACAUUGCUCAGACAUUGCUGCUGCCCUGGUGGGGCUGAGCCUGUGCUGCUGCCCCUGGGGCUCAGCUGGGCCCUUCCCCAGGCGGGGCUGGGGUGAGGGGCUGGUCCCCUGGGGCCGGGAUGGCCGUGCCUGUCCCCUGCCUGUCUGGGAUGGUGAUGCCUGUUCCUUGCCCUGUCCCUUGUUCUGGACAUGCCUGUCCCUUGUCCUGUCCCUUGUGCCAGCUGUGCCUAUUCCCUGGGAUGGCCACGCCUGUCCCCUGCCCUGUCCCAUGUUCUGGCUGUGCCUGACCCACACACUGGCCAUACCCUGUCCCCUGUGCCAGCCGUGCCUGAACCCUGGCAUGGUUGUGUCUGUCCCCUGUGCCAGCCAUGCCCGUCCCCUGCCCUGGCCAUGCUGUCCUUUGCCCUGUCCCUUUGGCUGGCUAUGCUGGCUUGAUCCCCGGUCCCUUGUGCCAGCCAUGCCUGUCCUCUGCCCUGUCCCCUCCACUGGCCGUGCCUGUCUUUUGCCUUGUUCUUUUGGCUGGCUAUGCUGGCUUGAUCCUCGGUCCCCUGUGCCAGCCGUGCCUGUACUCCAGGAUGACCUUGCCUGUCCCCUGAUCUGUCCCUUGUGCUGGUCUGGUCCCUGGCCUCCUGUGCCAGGCACUGCCAUGCCCGUCCCUUGCCCUGACCCGGCUCUGCCUGUCCCGUCUCCAGCCCCGUGCGGUCCCGGUGCCCCGCGCUGGCCGUGCCCGUUCCUCCCCUCCCGGCUGCGCCCGGGCCGCGCUGCGGGGCCGGUCCCGCGGCCGCUGCCCCUCGCUAGAGACCGAAUAAAGGUGGUCGCCGCCGCCCACGGGGCCGGUGUCACGG